AUGGCUUCUGCUGCUUCUGGCGGCGAGUCAAAUUUCGACACCCUAUUCGCCGAUAUCGAAGAUCCCAACCAACGUCGUCGACGUGCCCUCGCCGAAAUCGAUAAAGUCUCAUUUAGCUGGCAUCAUGCUCGUGCAGUCGUCGUGGCUGGCGUCGGUUUCUUCACGGUCUCCUACGAUAUUUUCGCUAUUAACCUCUGCUCAGCUAUGCUAGGUGUUGUUUACUGGCAAAAUGCGGCUUCACGUCCUGGACAGAUACCCUACAAUUCCGACACGGCCAUCAAGGUGUCCACCUCGGGAGGUAUAGUCUUCGGUCAACUUUUCUGUGGAUGGCUAGCGGAUAAGAUUGGGCGAAAGCGGAUGUACGGCAUCGAGUUGGGCAUUAUCAUCCUCGCGACCUUGACCCAGGCUCUUGCUUCCAAUUCCACUUCUGUCUCUAUUACUGGGCUCUUAGUUUUCUGGCGCGUGAUUAUGGGGAUUGGCAUAGGGGGUGGCUAUCCACUCUCGUCUGUUAUUACAUCUGAGUUCGCAAUGACUAAAUACCGAGGAGCGAUGAUGGGUGCGGUGUUUGCAAUGCAAGGGUUUGGACAAUUUGGCGCCGCGAUGGUUGCUCUCAUUGUCACGGUGUGCUUCAAAGGAUCUCUGGAGUCUGCAAUAUCGGUAGCGAAGUGUUCCGGUGCCUGUCAACUCGCAGUGGACAGGAUGUGGCGCGUCGUAAUCGGAUUUGGAGCUGUCCCGGCGUGUGUUGCUCUCUAUUACCGACUUACCAUCCCGGAGACCCCUCGCUAUACCUUCGAUGUUGCUAGAGAUAUCGAGAUGGCAUGCGCGGAUAGUUUUGCGUACAAUCAGGGAAGAUCAAGGGGUCGCGUGGAUGAGGCCAGGCGAGUUGCUGGUCUGCAAGACCCACAUUCUGUCAAAAACCCCAGCUGGUCGGACUUUCGGACCUAUUUCCUACAAUGGAAGAAUGGCAAAGUACUCCUUGGUACUGCAGGCUCGUGGUUUUUCCUUGAUGUUGCCUUCUACGGUCUCGGACUCAACAACUCGAUCAUUCUUUCCGCUAUCGGCUGGAAUGGAGGCAGCACGGUGUAUGAAUACUUCUACCGCAAUGCCGUAGGUAAUCUGAUUCUGGUCUGUGCGGGCGCAAUCCCCGGGUACUGGGUCAGCGUCGCUACCGUAGACUACCUCGGCCGCAAACCGAUUCAACUAAUGGGUUUCCUCAUCCUAACCAGUGUGUUCAUCGUGAUUGGUUUUGCCUACGAACCUUUGAAAGGGUCUAGCAAUGGGUUACUAGCCUUGUAUGUCACCGCACAAUUCUUCUUCAAUUUUGGACCCAACACAACCACAUUCAUAGUCCCUGGGGAAUGCUUUCCAACGCGGUAUCGGUCUACCUCGCACGGCAUCAGCGCAGCAUCUGGGAAGGUCGGGGCUAUCAUCGCGCAGUGUGUCUUUGGGCCCCUGGCGCAUAAGGGUGCUAAGGGAGGCAAUGAGUCGUCAGACACUCCUUGGUUGAACCAUGUCUUGCAAAUAUUUGCCUUAUUCAUGCUAUGUGGCUGUUUUACGUCUCUGUUGAUCCCGGAAACGAAAGGACAGACCCUAGAAGUAAUAACAGGGGAGGAGGAUUCAAUAGUCUCUACGUCUCAUUCUAAUAAUUCUCAGAGACAAUCGGAGCCCCGUGAUAGGCCCCAGUCUCGAGUGAAGGCCCAGGAGACUGGUGACAAUUCUCGGAGACAGGAGGGGACCGGUGAGAAUUCUCAGGGACAAGAGGAGGCCAGGGAUGGGCCCCAGAGCCGAGCGGAAGCUGAUGUUGAGUCUCAGCGGGUGGAGGUUAUUGUUGCACAGCCGAAGCCUGAUGAUGAUACUAUCCGCGAGAUUGAAUGA